AUGCCGAAUGUUGUAGAGGUUCAGGCUGAGCCAAUUGGCGGUGCCAUUGAUGCUCACGACGAAAAGCAUCCCGAAACCUUUUCCGUCAAUUCUUCGAACAAAGACGAUAGAUUCAACGAAAAGGAUCCUAAUUUGGUCAAGGCCGAAGAGGAUACCGACUACGAUGAAGGCACCAUUGCUGACCCCUUCGAACCCUACAAUGACCUGCCAGAGGAGCGACACUGGGUUGUCACAUUCCGUGCCAUGCUAAUUGGAUGUAUCUGUGGUGCUCUUGUCAAUGCAUCCAACAUUUACCUCGGUUUGAAGACUGGUUGGACUUUUGGUGCUUCGCUCUUCGGUGCCAUUAUCGGUUUUGCUGUUCUCAAGCCUCUGGCCAAGGCUCUCCCAGAGAACUUCCCUAUUCUCGGCGGAUCUUUUGGACCUCGCGAGAACAACAUCGUUCAGACUGCUGCCACUGCCGCUGGCGGUCUUGGCUCUGUCAUGGUCUCCGGUAUACCUGCACUUUACCAACUGAAACUGCUCAGCACCCCCAAGGAGGACUUUGGAAGACUCAUUUCAUUGACCAUCGUCGGUGCCUACUUCGGAUUCGCCUUUGCUACCCCUCUUCGAAAGUUCUUCAUCAUCUACGUUGCCAGAGAGCUUAAUUUGAUCUUCCCUACGCCUUCUGCUUGUGCUUUGACCAUUCGCAGCAUGCACGCAGCCGCAACUGGCGAGGCCAUUGCCAAGCUGAAGAUGAAGGCUCUAAGCUACUCCUUCAUUGGUGCUCUGCUUCUCCGUGUCGUCUCACAGUACGCCAUUGGAAUUCUCUGGGACUGGCACAUCUUCACCUGGUUCUUCAUCUGGGGCAACUACAAGAACUCCGCCAUUGCUGUUGAGAACUGGGGCUGGUUCAUCGAGUUCACUCCUGCUUUCAUUGGCUCUGGUAUGCUCGUUGGUCUUAACGUCGCUCUAUCUUUCUUCGGUGGCAGUGUCCUCGCUUGGGGAAUCAUUGGUCCUGCUCUCGUCCACAACGGCGUUGCUUUUGGUGCCCAGUCUUACCCCGAUGAUCCGAAGUGGGAUAAGGUCGUUUCCUUCUACUCCCUCAACCAUAAGUUUGCCAACAAGGACACUCCCAGUCCUCGUUACUGGCUUCUCUGGCCUGGUGUCUUGGCCAUGAUUGUCAUCUCUUUCACCGAGCUCUUCCUCCAGUGGAAGGUCUUCUUUAUCAUGUUCAAGGCCAUGGGUCGUGGAGCUGCAAAGGGCUUCAACGCCAUGACCAACAAGGUCGGCAUCAACGGUGCCACCAUCAACGUCACGGAUCAGAAGGAAGAAGAUGUCAUCAAGGACUCUGCCGCAGACCACGAACUUGUCAAGAUCUGGAUGUGGGGACCAAUCCUCAUCCUCAGUAUCAUUGCUUGCUGCAUUGUUCUUGGCGUCCAGUACGACAUGCCUGUUGGCAUGUCUCUCCUCUCAGUCUUCCUGGCCUUCUUCUUCGCCAUCCUCGCUGUCCAAUGUGCUGGUGUUACUGAUGUCACUCCUCUGACUGCCGCAUCCAAGGCUUCUCAGCUUGUUCUCGGUGGUGCUACUAAGGGUGAGCACUGGGUAACCGAGCACGCUCAGCGCCUCAACUUGAUUGGUGGCUCUCUUGCCUCCAUCGGUGCUGGACAGGCCUCCGACUUGGUUGGUGACUUCCGUGUCGGUUACCUUCUCCGCACUUCCCCCUUCCAGCAAUGGGUUGCUCAGGGUCUCGGCACGAUUGUUGCAUGUGUCCUCGCCCCUGCCAUGUUUAUGCUCUUCAGCAAGGCCUAUCCUUGCAUCAUUGAUAUCGAGGCGGAUAAGUGUCCCUUCGCCGCCCCAAGUGUUGGUGCUUGGCGUGCUGUUGCCGUCGCUGUCACCGACCCUACCUUCCCUGUCCCCAAGACUUCGGGCUACUUCGCCAUUGCCUUUGCCAUCUUCGGUGGUGCUAUGGUCGUUAUCCGUCACUACGCAUACACCGGCUCGUGGGCAAAGUACAAGGCUUACCACCCCAACGUCAUGUGUAUCGCUCUUGCCUUCGUGUUGAAUGCCACAGUUUAUGGUACUGCUAUGGUCAUCGGAGCCAUCCCUACCUACUUCUGGGCCAAGCGCAACCCCAAGAGUUUCGAAAUCUACGGCUUCGCCAUUGCCGGUGGUCUCAUUGCCGGAGAAGGCAUCGGUGGUGUCAUCAACGCCAUCUUCCAGAUUGCAGGCAUUGCUGGACCUUCCCCUUACGGUACCAACAUUGCCUGCCCUGGUGACUCUUGCUAG